UUUUACAUCCAUUGCUUUUAAAUUUCCCCAAAUAAAACACACUUUUACCUCCGCCACCACCUCCACUCCACAAACCAACAACAAUCAUGUCUCUCUCAUUUCUCCAUUCCACGGGCGGCGGCGCCGCCACAACCACCACGACAUACGAUUAUCUCUCCUCUCACCACCGCCCUAACAUUCACCCGAACUCUUCUCUCCUCCACCUUCCCAAGCUCUAUCGCCGACAUGCCUUGGUCGUUAAAGCCACCGUUUUCUCUCCAGAAGAAACGCUCGUUAAGAAACCGCCGCCAUCAUCAUCACCGACUCCCGCUCCCCUGAGAGUCGUCUCCACGGAUUCGCUGGUGUAUGAGAGCGGAUUCCUCGGCGCUGUUCCCGAAUAUUCGUCUCCAGAAUCAUCUGAUGAUGGUUCUGCCGCCGCCAUGGAGUGCUUGACGAAUAUAUUGUCCUCGAAGGUUUAUGAUAUCGCGGUUCAAUCUCCAUUGCAGUUGGCGGAAAAGCUCUCUGAGAGGUUAGGCAAUAAUGUUUGGCUUAAGAGAGAGGAUUUACAACCGGUCUUCUCGUUCAAGCUACGGGGUGCUUACAAUAUGAUGGUAAAACUUCCGAAGGAACAAUUGGAAAGAGGGGUAAUAUGCUCAUCUGCUGGAAAUCAUGCCCAGGGGGUGGCUUUGUCUGCUAAGAAGCUUGGUUGUGAUGCUGUUAUUGUUAUGCCUGUGACGACACCAGAAAUUAAGUGGAAAUCUGUUAAGAGGCUGGGUGCCACUGUUGUUCUCGUGGGCGAUUCUUAUGAUGAGGCACAAGCAUAUGCUAAGAAUAGGGCUGAAGAAGAGGGGCGAACAUUCAUACCCCCAUUUGACCAUCCAGACGUCAUUAUGGGACAAGGCACAGUAGGCAUGGAGAUAGUAAACCAGGCAAAAGGCCGUCCAUUACAUGCGAUCUUUGUUCCUGUAGGUGGUGGUGGACUCAUAGCGGGUAUUGCUGCUUAUGUGAAGAGAAUUCAACCAGAGGUUAAAAUUAUAGGGGUGGAACCAGCUGAUGCCAAUGCAAUGGCUCUGUCAUUACACCAUGGACAGAGAAUUAUGCUAGACAAAGUUGGAGGGUUCGCGGAUGGUGUUGCUGUUAAAGUGGUUGGGGAAGAAACUUUCCGCAUAUGCAAGGAAUUGAUUGACGGUGUAGUUCUUGUUAACCGUGAUGCCAUUUGUGCCUCCAUAAAGAACAUGUUCGAGGAGAAAAGGAGUAUACUGGAACCAGCAGGUGCUCUUGCACUGGCUGGUGCAGAAGCCUAUUGCAAAUAUUAUGGCAUAAAGAAUGAAAAUGUUGUUGCAAUAACAAGUGGGGCAAAUAUGAACUUUGAUAGAUUGAGAUUAGUCACUGAACUUGCGGAUGUUGGUCGGCAACGGGAAGCAGUACUUGCAACUUUUAUGCCCGAAGAUCCUGGUAGCUUCAAAAAAUUUGCUGAGAUGGUAGGGCCGAUGAAUAUCACAGAAUUUAAAUACAGAUAUAAUUCCGCAAAAGAAGAGGCUUUAGUUCUCUACAGUGUUGGUCAUCACACUGUUUCUGAACUUGAAGCAUUGAAGGAGCGUAUGGAAUCUUCUAAGCUUCGAACUAUCAACUUGACAAAUAACGAUUUGGUUAAGGAUCAUUUACGGCAUUUGAUGGGAGGCCGGUCAGAUGUCCAAAAUGAACUUCUUUGUAGGUUUGUUUUCCCAGAAAGACCGGGAGCUUUGAUGAAGUUUUUGGAUGUGUUUAGUCCACGAUGGAAUAUUAGUUUGUUCCAUUACCGUGCACAGGGUGAAGCUGGUGCAAAUGUAUUAGUUGGAAUCCAAGUACCUUCGUCCGAGAUGGACGAGUUUCGGGAACGUGCCGAUAACCUUGGAUUUAUGUAUGCAAUAGAAAGCGACAACGAGGUUUAUGAGGUAUUGAUGCAUUGAUUUGUAUGUUAGGAGUGCUAACUAGGAUUAAACGAGAGCUUUUUGACAUAUUGAGAGCGAUUUGAUGGUGCAAAUGCUGGAAGUGCUUCAGACAUCUGCAACCGGGGAGCAAAGAAGAAUCUAACUUAAAGCAUCCGUCUUUGAUGAUUCCUUGUUAUUCCAUGUCGCAGUCCACUUCCUUUUGUGGCCUCCUUGCCUCUCUAAACUGUUUUCUGUUUUGCUUUCGUUGCCAAGUUUGUGUAAAAGGAUAUGGAGUUCUGUACAACUCCAGUUUGUCCAAUAUUUGUGUUGUAAGUUCUUAAUAUUGCUUAAUCUUGUAAUCAAUGUCUGAAAGUGCUAUAAGUUUUUUUUAUGGGUCCUCAGCCCGCAAGUUCUAUGUAUGGAGAUAGCACAAGUCCAUCAAACACUUGCUACCCAAGAGAAAAGUAUUACAAGUAUAUGUAUCAAACUAUCAAUUUAUAUAAGCUCAACCUAUAUUAAUAGGACUAA